UUCAUGAUGCUCUUACUUUUUGCCUCUGAAUGUAUGAGAGGAGAUGAUUUUUCACUGUCACUAAAUCUUAUAUCAAAACCGGGUGAGCUGCUGGUGGCUGACGCCGGUCCUUCUUAUUCGUAGAUAACAAAGACAUUAAAGACAAUGCUGGUGAUAUUGGUUCAGGUGAGCUUGAAAACCCCAUUUCGAAAACAGAGGAAUCGUCAUCUUCUUUAUCUGAUAUGCCACAAAUGAAAAAGUGGUCGGUUCGCGUAAGGCAAGGAAAGGCUUAUGUAUAUGUUGCUGGAAAGCCCCUAGCAAAGACAGGCGUCGAGUAUCAUCAGUGCUGCCGCCGUGAAAAGUGAGGAUAAUAAGCCUCUUAAGGGAAUAUAUUACCAGGCAUGAACGAGGCUGUUGAAGCAUUUGUUGUCCUCCAUGCUUCGGUAUCUGGGCGAAUUCUGCCAGAACACUUCAACUUCGCGUUUGGCAAGGUCCCAAACUUCAUUUGUGUCAAUUCGGCAAAACAGAGAAUUUGAGACAUGUUUGCGGCUGGUAGAAAUGUUCAGUCACUCGGGUGACUGGAUAUUAGAAUCAAAGUCGCAGUUCGGACAAGAAAACCUGUCCGCCUCAUCAAAUACCAUAAGAGACCCCCCUUCAGAGAAAUGGAUUCCAAACUUGGUGUUGCAUUCCCAGGCGGUGGAAUUCGGUCAGCGGCCUUCUGCCCGGGGGUUCUGCGCAAGCUCCUUAAAAAAGAAGCAGAACCUGAUUAUUUAAGCUGCGUGUCUGGCGGAGGUUACACUGGAAGUGCUUACGUCGAGUGGAAGUGCCGAAACGGAAAUUCUACGGAUUGGACUGAGAAAUUCUUUGAGAAUAUGCGAAAACGAGCAGGAUAUUUUUGCAAUUGGCAAAGUCGCUAUUGUUGCUGUGACUCCAUGAUAUUAUGCUCUUUGCUUUUUUUUGUUUCAGUAUUCGUUCCAAUUGUUGGUUGGGGUUCUUUCGCUUUCCCAAUUGCUUUCUUCAUCAAACUUUUGUACGGGAAGUUUCUCGAUGGUGCAAAAUGUAGGCACGUGGCUGGCACCUCCGAUUGUAAUGAACCCGUCUUCCUUUUUUCCAUCUCUUUGGUUGUUCUUGUUCUUUUCCAUUUCCUUGAAUAUUUUUGCAAACAUUGUGGCGAGAACAGAAGAAAUUACUUAAAGAUGAAGUGGGUGAGGGUGUUUCUUAAAUUGGGCCAGUUGUUUGCUGGUGCUUCGUUCGCUUUCACUCUUCUGCCAUGGUUUUUUCACGAUUUCCUACGACAUUUGCAUUCUGUCAUUCAGGUUGGGAUAGUUUUUAUGACUGUACUCUUCUGGUUUUUUGUUCCACUUUUGCUAAAAUACUCUUCUCUGGUACUUUUGAUUUAUCAUUACUCGUACGUCGUUUACUGGCAUCUGUUCAUGGGGAAGUUAUUCCAAUUCAAGUAUACGAAAGAGAGAUUUGAAUUAUGCCUGUAUGCAUCUUUGUGCAUAAUAGCAGUAUUCUCAAUUUUGGGAGAUAUUCCACUUCGCCUGGUUUACGUCUAUAACAGGUGGAGAUUGCAGAAAGCGUUUUAUUACCACGAGGACAAUGACAAAUUCUGUACAUGUGAAGAACAAUGUUGCUAUUGUUUUGAUCUUUUUGCUGGAGGCCAUUGUUCAUCGUGUUGUUGUGCAUCUUGCAUGUGUCCACCAAAAGACAAACAAGGGGUUAUAAACGACCAGCGAGCAGUGACAUUGGGAGACUUAAAAGGAAUAAAACCAGAGUAUUUGAGCAAUAUGGUGGUGAAUAGUUGGCGCCGAAAAUACGAUCAAAAAUAUUGUCUUCUCACCAUGAGCUCUAAAGGUAUUUCUGUGAUAGACCAACAACCGCGGACUGGUCAGGUUCGUCGAUCUUGUCCUUCGUUGUAUUCUGCGGUUACCAUUCAUCCACCACAACGUCACCAGAAUCUCGAAGAAUUCAGAGAAAGUUGUUUAGAUGGCGAAUAUUUCAAAGGGAAGAUGAAACCCAGCGAUGUGAAAUUAUCCUCAGCCAUGGCAAUGUCUGCUGCGGCUGUUUCACCCAACCUUGGAAAGCAUCAGGCAGAAGAGCACAGAUUUACGCAUAUUUUAGCCUUGCUCAACAUGGAGAUGGCUGCACACCUUGUUUAUAAUAUGACGGGCGAGAGAGAAAGCGGCGUGUGCCACCAGUUUCUGCUAUAUUUUGCAAACCUAACCGUGUCUCUGUUAAUCGGUGGUGGAGGAUUUGGAAUAUGGAAAUUGCUGAAACCCUACAUCCACGGCUUUCCUGUGUUAACUACAAUUGGUAUUAUAUCAGGAGUGUUCGGGCUACUACUAGUGAUGUUGAUCAUCUAUAUUUGUUGCUUUAAUCGCGUGAAUGGCUAUGAUGGUUGCGAUCUCUGUGAUUGUCCUAAUUCGUGUAGAUGUGACGAGAAUGUAAAGAAAUUGACAACACAACUCAAAUUCCAUAAGACCAUUUCUGAAACGCUUACAUCUCUAUCUUAUGGUUACCUGUUUACAUUACCCCAGCCAGAUGGCUCACUGUACACCUGCCCAUUUAUCGUUUUCUUCUCUCCCUUGUACAUUUCACCCCAGCCACCAGCGAUGUUGCAUCUCAGCGAUGGCGGCCAUUUUGAAAACUAUGGUCUCUUACCCCUGUUAAAAUUGCGACUGCCGAGAAUUCUGGUCGCGGAUGGUUCCUAUAUCAAGUCAGACGAUGAUUACGCCGAGGAAAUCAUAGAGAUAAUGAAUCGCGCACGUGAGAUAUUAGGCUGUUCUUUCACUGCAAUGGAUGGAGGAGAUGUGUUGGCUGAUAUAAGGAAUAAAUAUGUCCACCCCAAGGAUGGAAUGUAUCCAAGAAUGUAUGAAUUCAAAGUUCGUUACUCCGAUAAAGGUUUCCAUGAGGUUCGUGAAGGCCACAUUGUCUUAAUUUCUCCGCGUUCUCAACCAGCAGAAGAUUGCUUAUGGAGUACAGCCAGUAAAUCUAUGGAGAUGACAGAAAUAGGUGGCCAAAGCUCCAGGGGUAAUGCUCCGGUGACAUGGGAAACCGUAGGUGAGAAUCUUGACGAAAGAAAAUGGGGUUCGGGACCCAUUCUCAAAGAGGAAACAAUCAACGGUAUUUCUGGUUUCCCUGCUGGAUUAGGCUGUUGUGAUUGCAAGAGUCGUUGUUCCUGCUGUGAUAGUUUCUUGGCCUUUCCUCGUCAUACUACUGUGAAUCAGUUUUUUACACCUCGUUUGUUCACUGUUUAUCACAGAGAAGGUUACAGAGCGUGUAUGGAAUGCGAUGAUUUUCUAAAACCAGCUAGUAAAAGUUUCAAACAACCCAAAUUAAUGACACAUGUGUAGUUUACUCACCAACAUCAAGAACUGGUUAUGUAUGGGCGCGUCUGUUACAUGCACAGAAUGAUUGAGAUAUCCAGCCUGGACAAAUGUUUAUUUUAUUGCUUUCAUCCAGGAAAACUACCGGAAUUGAGUUAUAACGAAAGGAAAUUUCUAAAGAGUCAUCUCUUUUUGGGACAACUUUUACUGUGAGAUGUCAUAUGUGGCUCUAAUAAUAGCUUGUUAUAAUUCUAUUCUAGAAACCUGGUCGUAUAGAACUAGCUUCUAACUCCGUUUUAAUUUUUACUAGUUAAAAUUUAAUGGCAGUGAACUCUCAAAAUGCAUGUCGAUUCUUAUUAGCCUCUAAUUAAUAGGUAUAAUUUAACUACUCUUUGUGGGUGUCUCAAAAAAAACUUUUGAAAUCAUUCAUUGUUAAAAUUUGAAUGCCGUGUUCACGAGUUUUAG